AUGCCUUCCCUUAUAUCGAUUGCCGUACUCUUCGGUCUUUCGAAUCUCGUUUUUUCCAUUCCUACAUGCGAAGAUUGUGAGGAAUGGACGACACGCUCUGAUAGUACCCCAGUGUACCUCAUUACUGAUUUCAACAUGGCAUGUUCAGAAGGACUCUUUCUCGAUUGCACUAGUGAAGCGCCAUACUCUAUGACAAUAAAUUACACACCUCCUGAUGCCAGCAAUGAAGAGCAAGGUCCAGCGGUAUAUGAUGCGUCGUGCUCUGGAUUGACUGGCCUUACGACGGAUUACUUGGCAUGCGAUGCUCCAUAUAGCUGGGUGACAACUGCAGUUGGGGAUGAUGGAGAUGUGAAGGCGAACGGACAUAGUUGGGAUGGGAAAGGAUCGUAUUCCAUAGAUGGAGUUGAAGAUUCUUUUCUGAUAAUGCCGGAUUUGUCGAGGGAUUGGAUUUAA